AACCAUGUCAACAAGCGCUACACAUCUAUUGAUUCACCGUCUGUUGCCCUACCUGUUGGUGGAAUCAACGGGCCGUCGCCGAUGCCUACAUGCCCUGUCGAUUGCAAUGACAUUAGUGCCCACUCUAUUCAGUUUUUUCCUGCGCUCACAGUUGCAUUGAAACCCUUGAGCUUUUUUUACUUGCCCAGCAGAGAUAACUUCAUGUUGCACACAAGCGUGGCAGGCCUACAAAUAAUGCUGCCGCUGCCCAUGUGGCUUCUCCUCCUCCUCCUCCUCCUACACACAAACGCGGUCGACCCAACAAUAACAUAAUUGAUCAUGCGACUCCAUCUAAACAUGUGGUUAAACGCAGCCAUGGCAGACCCAGAAAGGACG